AUGGCGUCUCAUCUCAAAGGCGUUAAAAAAUCAAUCAUGACAGAUGAGAUGCGAAAGGCAUUAUGUGAGCAUGCUAGAGAUAGUCCAUCUUGCACUCAAAAACAACUAAAAAAAUGGGUGGCUAAAAAAUUCAAUCUACAAGUAAGUCAGGCAACAAUAUCAAACACCAUUAAUAAGUCAAUAGAUUAUCUAUCGGCUAAUAUGGAAAGAGGUGAUACAAAAAGAUACAAAGCAUGGGCAAUGAGUUUUGCAAUUGCAGCAUGGUCGAUAGAUGUUCAACCAAAGACAAUUGCAAAUUGUUUUCAAUACUGUAAACUAAGGCACGUGAAUACAACUGCAAUUUCAGAAGAUGUAGACCAGCUGUCUGAAGAUGUCCAACAUUUAUGUCUUCUCAUUAAAGAAUUGAAUUAUCGUGAUGCAAUGAAUGCUGAAAAGGUUAUUGAUUAUCCUGGUGAAAAUGAAGCCGUUGCAGAAUUUUUGAAUGAUGAACAAAUCAUUAGCAGUGUUAUGGAAAAUGAGAGAAGAUGA